CAGCUGAGCAGAAAAAAGAAGCAGUGUUGUGAGCGCCAAAGAUUACACUGAAAUACGUUGUUUUUUCUCCUCCCCUUCACCACACGUAAUCUACAUUUUCCCCCUUUUCAAAAUCUCCUAGUCAUAUUUGCAAGGAGAAGAAGCGAUACAGUAACUUUUUUUUCCUUCCUGAUUGUAGACCAGAUAUAAAAUGAAAACUGAGGUAUCCACAGCAGCGAAUUUCAUCUCCAGAUUACUGAAAACAACUGGACUGCUAUCCGAGGAGCAACUUCAGCAUUUCAGCUAUUCCCUCGAGAAAUCUCUGGGAGAGCACUACAAACACCACUGGUUCCCUAACGCUCCCUGCCGGGGCUCAGCUUAUAGAUGCAUCAGAAUCAACGAGAACCACAAGAUGGACCCAGUCAUUGGUGAAGCCGCCGGCACCAUCGGACUGACCAGAGAACAGCUCUUCACCCUUCUGCCCAGUGAGCUAACCAUGUGGGUGGAUCCAUACGAGGUGUCAUAUCGGAUAGGAGAGGACGGCUCCAUCUGCGUUCUCUAUGAAUCCGAGCCAUCGGCAUCGUCAACACAGCCUGAAACAGCCUCUAUCCAGAGCCAAGGGGACAGCAACAACAGAGCCAGUUCAGGCAGCUGCAAAGGUGAACUGAGAGUGGGGAUGGGGAGGUCCAAAAUGCCCAAGUCCUUCACCACGAUAAGGAUUUCCAGCAGCUAAAUGUUUACCUGCCCCAUCCACCUGGACACUUGGACAUAGGUCAGACACACAUAUUGGUUAGAAUAAUAGUUCAUUUCUUUCUUUUUUAAUAUUAAAAUAUGUUUAGUACUCUGAUUAUCAUCUUGUUCACCUUUAUGGAUACUACACUACUAUUUUGAGAUUAUUGACAGAAAAUUAAUUUUAGUGUAUGUGUCUUGAUGUUGCUAAUUUAUAUACGGUAUAUUAAAACACACAGCAUUUGAA